AUGACCUCUCGGUACCGCUACCAGCAUCCCGACCGUACAGCCGAUACGUCCCAAAACCCAACGAAUGUCGACGAAGCGUCGCAAUGUUGGGUCACUCGGAUGAGCGCUUACUUGAACGUGCCUGGUCGCGGCAAUGAGAUGAACAGCGUCUAUCCUCGCGUUUCGGAAACCUCGCAAGCGCGUCGCGAUGCCUCCUUGACUGAACCCUCAUUCGACGCAAAAGCGCUUUCACCAUCGGAUUUUGAGACUGCCAGAGAGAAAGGAAAGACAGUGUUGUACCUAGCAUAUGGCUCAAAUCUGUGCAAAGAGACGUUCAGAGGAAAGCGGGGCAUCAAACCGCUUUCGCAGAUCAAUGUCCUUGUACCUUCAUUACGCUUGACCUUCGACCUACCGGGCAUUCCCUACAUCGAACCAUGUUUUGGCAACUCUGCGAUGCGAGACUCCGAUGCGAUGGACAAAGCAGAUUACCACAAGGAUCGCUGGCAGAAAGGUCUUGUGGGUUGCGUGUAUGAGGUCACACCGAGCGACUAUGCGCACAUCAUCGCAACCGAAGGCGGCGGAGCAGGGUAUCAAGAUAUUUUGGUGGAUUGCUACCCGUUGACUAGUGGCGACACCGUGCCUGAGAAGCCUACUACGCAACGUUUCGUUGCCCAUACAUUGUUCGCGCCCGCUGCGAAUGCUCGUCCUGAUCCCUCGUAUGCUCAACCCUCCGCACGCUACCUCAACCUCAUCACCACUGGUGCCGCCGAACUCUGCUUGCCACACGAGUACCAGCACUAUUUGCACGAGAUCCGAACGUAUACUAUUACCAGCAAACGACAAAAGAUGGGUAAAGUGCUGUUCGCUUCGAUAUGGUGGCCGUUUCUGCAGUUACUGUUUGCCCUGAAUGCACAAUUCCAAGAUGACAAAGGGAGAAGUCCGCCUUGGUUGGCACAGUUGGCAGGAUUGCUAUUUUUGGGCAUGUGGCGUAGUUACGAUGGAGCUUUCAAGAAAGCUUUCGGAAAUGGCGAGAGGACAGAAGGGGAUGAGAUGUCGAAGGAAAGAGAAGGCAAAAUCAAUGAGGAAGAAUGGCGGAGGAUAGGGGAAGAGAAUGGGUGGCUCCGCCGUGAAAGAAAGAUCGAAGACAUGGCAUAG